UGAGGAACCAUUUAACAUGUUGUAACAUUGGGCUAUUUUCAGUUUAGGUUUAAAACGGUAUGGCCCCACCUAACUGGAUGGCCCAUUUAAAACGUUAGGCUACGGAACCCACCACUUCUAAAAGUUUUCCGUUUGGUUAACUCGUUUUUGGUGUGCGAUUAAUGAAUACACCCCUGAUGACGUUAGACUCGGUACGCGUCUAGCAUUCAAGCUACAGUAUUGCCUGGUCCGGUACUACGUCUGGAUGAUCAGUCAUAGCCUGCUUUGAGAGCGACACACGGGACUAGCCUUCUGAAAGAAUGAGGGGGAUUUUUAUUUGAUGUUGAAGAAUCACCCAUUGUCUAAGACUGGCUCACAAGUUCAGGGCUGGAGAGACUGGCAGUAUGGACAAGGUGGAGUUGAUACAGCAGAUGAGAACCGAACAGACAGUCAUCAGUCAGGAUAGAGCACAGGACAAAGAGGCAGACAAUCUGUUCCAGGACUUCACAGUUGAAACCACCCAGCCACAGCCAUUGGCCAAUGCUUUUGCCCAGCAGUCGCUGCCUAACCAGAGAGCCGGAGAACAUGCAGGAGAGCCUGCUUCAGCAGAGGCAUCUGGCAGUGAGCCUGACAGAAACGGAUGUGCAGGUGAAGAUGAAGAUUUCAGUGAUUCCCAGACGGAUCACACCUCAACCAACGAUGUCUCACGACUCCUUCCAGACCAUGUACCAGACAACCCAUACAAACUGAACAGAGGAGUUCAUGAGUCUUCCAUGGAUGUCCCUGUGACAUCCAGUCCAAAAAUGUCCCCCAUAACCCUGGCCAAUGGACCCUCCCCUGUCUGCACCCCUCCACCUGUCUCAUCCAACCAGAAAGGAUGGAGCCCUCUUCAAGCCCCUCCUCCCCCUGCUUGUCAACAUGGACACCCGAAUCAGAAACAACGCAUGCAUUCCACUACCAAGUGCCAGAACUCCUUGAAAGCUGAUGCCACUCAGAUAAAAGAGAUAGCUGGAGAUGACUGCUGCGUCCACUGUGUCCUGGCCUGUCUGUUCUGCCAGAUGCAGUCCCUCUGCUCGGUCCUGGCCCAGUGUCUGGCGUGCGGAGAGGGCUGUGAAGCACUCUGCUGCUGUGGGGAGGGGGCUUCCGGCGGCCUGCUCUGUGGGGAGGGGGCCUGCUCUGUCUUGUUGGACUGUGGUAUACUGGAAGACUGCUGCGAGUCUUCUGAUUGCCUGGAGAUCUGUCUGGAGUGCUGUUCCAUAUGUUUCCCCGCGUAGAAGAUGAAGAAAAAGAACCGCUGACUACCCUGGACAUGUGUUAAAAUGAUCUCCUGGGUGUAACCAAUGGAACUAACUAUCGGCAUAGUCCCAGAAGUGGGAAUAAACCACACCCACCCGGAAGUCUGCGGUAUGGGACUUCCACAAUGUUGGACUAAACAGGACAAAUAACUUAUACCAUGUUGGACUAAACAGGACAAAUAACUUAUACCAUGUUGGACUAAACAGGAAAAAUAACUUAUACCAUGUUGGACUAAACAGGACAAAUAACUUAUACCAUGUUGGACUAAACAGGAAAAAUAACUUAUACCAUGUUGGACUAAACAGGACAAAUAACUUAUACCAUGUUGGACUAAACAGGACAAAUAACUUAUACCAUGUUGGACUAAACAGGACAAAUAACUUAUACCAUGUUGGACUAAACAGGACAAAUAACUUAUACCAUGUUGGACUAAACAGGACAAAUAACUUAUACCAUGUUGGACUAAACAAGACAAAUAACUUAUACCAUGUUGGACUAAACAGGACAAAUAACUUCCACCACAUUUGGACUAAACAGGACAAAUAACUUAUACCAUGUUGGACUAAACAGGACAAAUAACUUAUACCAUGUUGGACUAAACAGGACAAAUAACUUAUACCAUGUUGGACUAAACAGGACAAAUCCACCAUGUUAGUGUAAACAGGACCAAUAACAUCCCUUUGGGCUUUUGGAAAUAAGUGUUAUUACCCCCCAUAGGAUCUUUUUGUUCUACACAGCUACUGUUGGUUUUUGGGUUUAUUUUAUGACAGUGUUUGUAUUGUAAACAAGUUUGCAUUGUGUGUAUUUUGUGAGAGUGUUUGGUUUUAAAACAUGUUUACUUUGUGUGUCUUUUGUGAUGUUGUUUGUUUUGUAAACAUAUUAGGCUACAGCAAUCAAAUGAUUCUGUCUGGAUAGAGAGUUCUGAUUCUGUUUGAAGGGUUAUGAUUCUGUCUGGAUAGAGAGUUCUGAUUCUGUUUGGUUAAAGAGUGAGUUCUAAUUAUCUUAUGAUAGAAUAGAGAGUUUUAAUUCUGUCAGGAUAGAAUAGAGUUUUAUUUCUGUUAGGAUUUAAUAGAGUUUUAAUUCUGUUAUGGUAGAAUAGAGAGUUUUAAUUCUGUUAGGAUUUAAUAGAGUUUUAAUUCUGUUAGGAUAGAAUAGAGAGUUUUAAUUCUGUUAGGAUAGAAUAGAGAGUUUUAAUUCUGGUAGAAGAGAGAGUUCUUUUGGGAAGACAUUCUGUAUUUUGUGAGGUGAAACCAUACAGGCAGCUGAUAGCUCCCAUGAUAUCACAAAUGUGUAUGAUCCCUGUACUGUUAAUGUCUGAUUUGUUUAGCAUCAUUUGUCCUGUUGUUGUGUAUAAUUUUCCAUGUUAAUUAUUUUCAUUGUAUUAUGUGCUGUAUUGUUAUUGUUGCCUAAUUAUGUUUGCUUUGCCAAUAGUGGCAUCAUCCAUCCAUUCAUGUCAAUAAAGCACCUAUUAAAUUGAA